AUGCCUACGGUCACACUUCUGCUUCAACUCGUCAAACUGUCUGUAGAGAUAGUCGCCGUGUUAGCGCUAUCCUCGCUCUCGCUACAUAUCGCCCGAGGCGCGCUCUCUCGUCGCACAAAGUAUCGCGUGCUUCGCUCUAUCCCAGGCCCUCCGCACACCUCAUUUAUGACAGGGAACUUGAAAAAGCUCUACGAUCCCAGUGGAGCGCUAUACGGUUCUCUGAGACAGUACGGGGGCGUCGUCAAGAUUCAUGGGCUCUUUGGGGAUGUGUCGCUCGCGGUAUCUGACCCACGCGCCCUCACGCAGAUCCUCAUCCAGGAUAUAGCCAAUUAUCCUGCUAUCGACUGGUCGGCGAUACUCGGACUCCUCGGCCCUGGUCUUCUCGCACAUAACGGCCCGCCGCACCGACAGCAACGCAAACUACUCAACCCUUCCUUCUCGCCCACCAACAUCCGCAAGCUGACGCCUCUUGUGCAUGAGAUCUCGCGUGAGCUGCGCGAUGCGAUUGCAAAGGAUGUGCUAAGCGGUGGUGCACGGGAACGCGAGAUUGACAUCGCGGAGUGGUUCUCAAGAGCAGGAUUGGAGAUGAUUGCGCGUGCGGGGCUUGGGCAUUCCUUCCAUGCGUUUCAAGGGGAAGGAGAUGCGUAUGCUCAAGCUGUGAAAGCGAUCGCACCGACAUUCAUGGAGCUGGGCACAAUGGUUCCAUUCUUCGUUAUGAACGGCGCAGGAGGUCUGCCGCCUAGCCUGCUGCGUUUCUUGGGCAGCUCCGCGGCUCUGGUAUCCCCAGCAUACAGGCGUAUGGUGGACGUCAUUCACACGUUGCGAAGGGAAUCGCACGCCAUCUGGGAGGCACGAAAGAAAGCGCGCAAGGAUGGAUUGGAUGACGGUCAACAGCUCUUGAGCGUCUUACUCGAUGCCAGCGGUGAAGACCGCGUACCGGACGAACUGCUUUCUGGACAUGCAACUACUACUCUUGUAGCCGGUACCGAUACGACGAGUACCGCCCUUUCACGUAUUUUGCAUCUUUUGACGUUGCAGCCGAACGUGCAAGACAAGUUGCGUCAAGAGAUCGUUCGUGCGCAGUCUGCGUCGAUAGGCGAAGGCAACAUUGACGGCUUGGCUUAUGAUGCGCUCAUGAAACUUCCUUUCUUGGACGCCGUUUGUCGUGAAACGUUGCGCCUCUUCGCCCCGCUGCCCUUCCGCAAUCGCCGAUCCUUGAGAAGUCACAUCGUCACCCUUACGGACGGGACGAGUGUGCACAUUCCCGCGCAUACCGAGAUCUUAGUGAACAUCCAUUCUCUCAACACGGACGAAAGCAUCUGGGGCCCCGACGCACAUGAGUGGAAGCCCGAGCGCUGGUUGAAGCCGCUGCCGCAGAGCGUCUCGCAAACCAAAAUACCGGGAGUCUGGGGUGGCGCCAUGACUUUUGGCGCAGGACCGAAGGGAUGCAUUGGGUUCACUUUCUCUGUCCUCGAAAUGAAGUCGAUACUUGCAACGAUACUGCCGGCCUUCCGAUUCUCUCUCCCUCAGGAACGUAAGUUGGAGUGGCGCUUCGGCCCAAUCGUCGUGCCGGGUGUUCGAGGCGAGAUGAGCGUCAACCCGAGGAUGCCCUUGGCUGUCGAAGUCUUGCAGGUCGAUAGUGUGCCAUCCGGGGCGUUCUAA